CCGAUUCUUCCAGGCGCUUCCUGGUGCCUGGAGCCGCCUUCCCCAUCUCUACCUUGGGGGUCCAUUCACUCCUUCUGCACAGAUUGCCUGGGCGCCCACCGUGUGCCAGGCCCAGGGCACCAGGACACAGCCAGGGGAAACGAGAGACCAGAACCCCCGUCCUCCUGGAGCUGACAUGCCAGUUGAGGAGGCAGACAGGACCCGAGAUGAGUAAGUAAAAUAUCUGGCAUGUCAGGUGGUGUUCAGGGCUGGGGGGAGAAAGCAAGCUGGGAAGAGAGACCAGGAGGAGGUGGUGAGAGGAGCGACAUUUGAGUAAGGAGCUGAAGGAGGUGAGGGAAGACGUUCCAGGUGGCAGGCACAGCUUGUGCAAAGGCCCUGAGGCAGGUCUGGGCCUGGCGUAUAUGAAGAGCAGCGAGGAGGCUCGUGUGGCUGGAGCAGAGGGAGGAUGAGGAGAGAGGGAGGAUGGAGGGCAGGGAGGGGACAGGCAGCUCCUGGGGGCCUGGAGGAUAGCAGGGAGGCCUCAGGCCUCCUCCUGGAGGAAGGUGGAGCCUGGGGGACUGCGGGCAGAGGAAAGACCGGAUGUAGCUCAGGUUAUACCAAGGUGACCAUCCUACCCACCUCCUAGGGUUGUUGCAAGGACGAAUAGGUGCGCCUAGCAGAGAGUGAGCGCUGGCACACGCUCAGCUGUCCCCGCCCCUAAUUAUCCACCAUCCUUGUUGUUCCCGCGCACGCCCGGCGGCCCAGGGGAGCGCGCAGCUGGCCCCGGCAGGGCUCGGACACCUGGGGCCCGGCCCCUCCCCGCACCCCGCGGUGUCGUCUUGCCGGGCGGCUCGUGUUCCCGGAUCCCCUUACCCGGGCGGCUCGGCUGUCGCGCCCUGGGCCGGGGGAGGGGAGGCUGCAGGAAGCGGCGGAUCCGGCGGCGGCGGCGACGGCGGCCCGGGUGGCCGAGCGCCUCGGGCCAUGGAGAGCGCAGCGGCCCGCGAGCCCCAGGGGGCCGAGGCCCCGCGCCCGUCCGCGCCCCCACCCUCGCCCGCGGAGCCCCCCGCCGCGCCCCGCGCCCGCCCGCGCCUCGUCUUCCGCACGCAGCUGGCGCACGGCAGCCCCACGGGCAAGAUCGAGGGCUUCACCAACGUCCGCGAGCUCUACGCCAAGAUCGCCGAGGCCUUCGGGAUCGCGCCCACCGAGAUCCUGUUCUGCACCCUGAACAGCCACAAAGUGGACAUGCAGAAGCUCCUGGGCGGCCAGAUCGGGCUGGAGGACUUCAUCUUUGCCCACGUGCGCGGCGAGACGAAGGAGGUGGAGGUCACCAAGACGGAGGACGCGCUGGGACUGACCAUCACGGACAACGGGGCGGGCUACGCCUUCAUCAAGAGGAUCAAAGAGGGCAGCAUCAUCAACCGCAUCGAGGCCGUGUGCGUGGGCGACAGCAUCGAGGCCAUCAACGACCACUCCAUCGUGGGCUGCCGCCACUAUGAGGUGGCCAAGAUGCUCCGGGAGCUGCCCAAGGCCCAGCCCUUCACCCUGCGCCUGGUGCAGCCUAAGAGAGCCUUUGAUAUGAUCGGCCAGAGGAGCCGUGGCAGCAAGUGCCCCGUGGAAGGAAAGGUGACCAGCGGGAGGGAGACCCUGCGGCUGCGUUCGGGGGGCGCCGCCACGGUGGAGGAGGUGCCUGGUGAAUUCGAAGAGGAGGCGACACGGAGGGUGGACGACCUGCUGGAGAGUUACAUGGGCAUCCGGGACCCAGAGCUGGGUAAGGGGCCAGGCGUCCACGAUGGUGGAGACGUCCAAGAAGACGGCGAGCGUCCAGGAGUUUGCGCGCCUUUUAGACUCCGUCUUGGGCGAGUUCGCCUUCCCGGACGAGUUCGUGGUGGAGGUGUGGGCCGCCAUCGGCGAGGCCAGGGACGCCUGUGGCUAGGCUGCCCCGGGGCAGCGCGCAGCCCCAGCCCGGAGCCCGGACCCCCGCCCCAGCCCCCACCUGAGAUCCAGCCCUGCUCCAGAGCCAGGCUCAGCUCUGAGACCCAGCCCCAACCCGAGAGCCAGCCCUGCUCCAGAGCCAGGCUCAGCUCUGAGACCCAGCCCCAACCCGAGAGCCAGCCCAGCUCCAGAACCCAGCCCGGUUCCCAAACCCAGCCCUCCUCUAGAAUCCAGGACAGCUCUGAGGCUAAGCUGAGCUCUGACACCAAGUCCAGUUCUGGAACCCAGACAAGUUUUAAGACCCAACCCAGCUCUCCGACCAAGCCCCGCCAUAAAGCUCCACCCAACUCUGGAACGCAAGACAACUCCGUGACACAGCCACACCUGGACACCCGGUCUAGCUCAGGAACGCCAGUCAGUUCUGGGACCCAGGCGAGACUCCAGAAACAGCCCAGCUACAGAAGCCACGCCAGCUCAGGACUCAAAGACGGCUCCCCGAGGCAAGCCCAUGCACGGAGCCAGCCCAGCUCAGGAACUGAGAGGCACGCUGCAGCUCCGUCAAGAUCGAGACCCCAGCCCUGCUCUGAAACCCUGCGACACUCCAGUACGUAUCCCCAUCCUGGGGCCCAGUCCAGCUCCAGUGCCGAAUCCAGCUCAGAGACUGAGCUCAGCUCUAGAACCCAGCCCAGUGCCACAACCAGGCCCAUCUCCAGAAUUCAGACGAGCUCUGGAACCCCAUCCAUCUCCGAAGCAACGCCCGCCUCCAGAACUCAGCUUGAUGCUGAGCCCCACUCUCACCGCAGAACGCAGACCAGCUCUAGAAUGCUGUCCAACUCCGGGACCCAGACCGACUUCAGCGCCUGGCCAAGGGCCAGAGCUCAGUCCAGCUCAGGCACUCCACCCAGCUCCAGAACCCAACUCACUUCUGGAGCACAGACUGGCUCUGAAGUCCCAGCCGGCUCCAAAAUGCGGUCAGUGGCAGAGACCCAGGUAAGUUCUGGAAUCCAGGCAAACUCUGGAAUCCAAUCUAGCUCUGGGACCCAGACCAAUGCAGCAACAGACUUGGGCUCCAGAACUCUGUCCAGCUCCGAUAGCAGGCCCAGCUCCAGGAUCCAGCCCUGCCCAGGAGCUCAACCAACCUCUGAGACCCAGCUCAUCUCGAAAACCCUGACAAGUUCUAGAUACCAGCUCCAGGCCACAAGCCAAGGCGGCUCUGGUAUUGAGCUGGACUUUGGAAAACAGACCAGCUCUGGAGCUCAGCUCAUUUCUAGAGCCCAGCCCAGCUCCGGGACCCAGGCCAGUGCAAGAAUUCAGCCCAGCUCCAGGAUUCAGUUCAGCUCUGAGACCCAGCCCAGGUCAAGAAUACAGCUCAGCUCUGGAGCCCACCUUAGUUCCAGAACCCAGCCUAUUUCUGGAACCCAACCCAGCUCCAGAACUCAGACCAGUUCUGGAACUCAGUUCAGCUCUGAGACCCAGCCCAGCUCUGAAACCCAGACUAGCACAAGAAUUCAGCCUAGCUCUGGAGGCCAGCUCGGCUCCAGAACCCAGCCCAGCGCUGAGACCCGGCUCAGCUCUGAGACUCAGCUCGGCUCCAGAACCCAGGCCACCUCCAGGAUUCAGUUCAGCUCUGAGACCCAGCCCAACUCUGAAACCCAAACCAGGUCAAAAGUUCAGCCCGGCUCUGGAGCCCACCUCAGUUCCAGAACCCAACCCAGCUCCACAACCCAGACCAGUUCUGGAACCCAGUUCAGCUCUGAGACCCAACCCAGCUCUGGAGCCCACCUCAGUUCCAGAACCCCGCCUAUUUCUGGAACUCACCCCAGCUCCAGAACCCAGACCAGCUCAAGAAUCCAGCUCAGCUCUGGAAACGGGCUCCGUCUGCAGACCCCUGAGCUUGACUCUAGAACCCAACCCGAGCCCACUCCCCCAGCCCGACCUCAGGCCCCAGGCCCACCACCCGGAGGCCCGGCUCCGGUCCCUAGCAAAGUCUCUCGGCCUCAGGCCCAGCCCCAUGAUCUGGUACAUGGAACCCAGGCCGACACUGGCCGGGGCCAAAGCCCACCAGCUUCCCACCUGGCCCCCCCACCACAGGCCCCCUCAGCCCCCCAGAAACCAGCCCUCUCCCCUAAGCCUCAGCUGGGACUCCAGAAGUCCACAUCACCCCUCAUAUCUAGUCCUGCCCCCAGGGCAGCCCUGCUGUGUUCCCGGCCCUCUGGACCCCCAGCUCGGGGGCCGGCCCCCUCCCCCAGCUUCCCCGUGCUCAGGGGGGCAGGGCCCCUCCCCCAUCACAGGGGGCCGUAGCUUGGGCGUGACCUAGUUUUGGCAUCCGUGGCGCCCACCUCUGCUCCCCUCCUCCCAGCCCUGGUCCCCCAGAAGCAGCAGGUGACCUCGUUCUCCCAAGGCGGGGGUGGGAGGGGGGCAGGGUGGAAACAGGUGUUUCGGUUUCACUGGGGCCUGGCUCCGGCAGGUGUAAGCAGAUCCCAGCUCUGCGGAGGGGAAAGGGGGGCGGGGGGGGUCCCUUCUCGUGUACCCCGAGGGCUGGCGGGGAAUAAAGGCACCUCCAC